GAAAGAAAGUAUUAGAUCGAAUUUGUUAGUUACCCUAAUGUGCAAUAUCGACAAAUAUUCAUUACCAAAUUUAGAUUCCAAGUAAUUAAAAGCAAUAAGUUCGAAGAGAAAAUCGAAUGAUUCGCUCAAAUGGCGAACACUCCUCCUUCUCACCAGACCUGUAUUCCUCUGCCUUCGGACUCAGGUGAAAAUCAGACCGAUCCUGAAGCCAACGCAACCUUGGUUCCUAUACAUAUUGUUACUCAUGUAUCUCAGCUGCCUAAAGAAUUUGUUGAACCAUCAGCUGAAAAGCCUCUGGUAGUUGGCUUUGAUUGUGAAGGUGUUGACCUGUGUCGCCAUGGAAACCUCUGUGUCAUGCAGAUCGCAUUUCCAGAUGCUGUAUAUCUGGUUGAUGCUGUUCAGGGAGGAGAGGAGCUUGUGAAAGUCUGUAAGCCCGCUCUUGAGUCCAAAUAUGUCACAAAAGUUAUUCAUGAUUGCAAACGAGAUAGCGAGGCAUUGUACUUUCAGUUUGGUAUCAAGUUGAACAAUGUUAUCGAUACACAGAUUGCAUAUUCACUUUUAGAGGAGCAAGAGGGACGGACAAAGACACCAGAUAACUAUAUCUCAUUUGUUAGUCUUCUUGCAGAUUCACGUUAUUGUGGUGUGUCCUAUGUGGAGAAGGAAGAGGUCCGGCUCUUACUUAGAAAGGACCCCAAGUUUUGGACCUAUAGACCAAUGUCUGAAUUAAUGGUCCGUGCAGCUGCGGAUGAUGUACGCUUUCUGCUUUACAUCUAUCACAAGAUGAUGGAGAAAUUGAAUCAUCAAUCGCUGUGGUAUCUUGCAGUGCGUGGUGCUUUGUACUGUCGCUGUUUUUGCAUCAGUGAUAAUGGAUAUGCCGACUGGCCUCCUCUCCCUUCCGUUCCAGAUAACCUUGUAAAAGAGGGAAAUGCUCCUGAAGAAGAAAUUCUUUCAGUCUUAGAUGUUCCUCAUGGAAUGAUGGGUCGCGUAAUUGGUAGGAGGGGAGCCUCAAUUUUGUCAAUAAAAGAAUCUUGCAAUGCGGAAAUUCUCAUUGGCGGUGCUAAGGGCCCACCGGACAAGGUACUCAUCAUCGGAUCGGUGAGACAGGUGAGGAAGGCAGAAGCUAUGCUUAGAGGAAGGAUGCUUGAAAUAUGAUUGAAUGAAAGAGAAGAAAAAAGAAACAAAAAAAGAAAAGAAAAGAAAAGAAAAGAAAAAAAAAAAAAAGAACCGUGUGAUUGUGAUGAAAAUGAACUCAAAAUCCUCAAUAUUGAAACACUUUGGUGUUUUGUGUACUUGGAAGAAUGGAUAGGGGAGAGCCAAAAUGAGGGUUUCAGGCUGCUUGCUAUUUUACUACUCCCCCAAAUGGAAGGGGAUUACUUUA